AUGGUUGCGGUGGGAGGCCAGUCAGUUUGAAAGUGCGAGCAGCUGCGCUCGGAACGCGCGAAAACUGCACGCGCGCGCGCGCGCGACUUUCCUUGCUCGCAGACGCGUCGACGACGUCGCGGACACGAGCGCUCCGACGAGAAGGCCGAAUAGAGUGUGCCAGUGCUCAGUGUAGCGCCGCGAUCAUGUCGCGCUCACGCUGCUGCCUGUGCUACUGCUUCCUGCAGCUGGUCGUCGCACUCGCGGGCGAAACGAGCAAAGAGUCCGAGGAGGCGCCUUGUCUGAGCGACAUGCAGUUCUACCGGAACCCAAAGACAGCGGCUCAAGCGUUGUGGACAGCCACGGAAUGCUCCAAGUAUUACCUCUGCCUCGACGACGAGGUGUUCGAAUUCAAGUGCUCGCAGGGCUUGCUGUUCGACGUGGCGCGCCAGAUUUGCGACUUCAAAGCCAACGUCGACAACUGCGACCUGGUCUUGGAGCAAGACUCGACGACGCCGGCGGCCAGGCAGAACGCAAGCUGCGAGGACGGAAGCUUGGCUUGCGCCGACGGUAACUGCCUGUCGUCGGCGCUCUUCUGCGACGGGAAUGCCGACUGCCCCGACAACUCGGACGAAGCGAAUUGCGACGAAACCCAGAUAGACGUGAACGGCGCGUUGCCGUGCAACAGAACCCGAUGCGAGCUGCCAGACUGUUGGUGCUCGGCGGAUGGUACGGAAAUACCAGGCAAUCUCACGGCUCCUGAAAUACCCCAGAUGAUCAUGGUCACGUUCGAGGAUGCCGUUAACCCUGAGAAUUUCGACUACUUUCUGAAGUUGCUCACCGAGGAUAGGAAAAAUCCUAAUGGAUGCCCGAUACACGCUACUUUCUUCAUCAGCCAUCAGUACACAAGUUACAGGGAUAUUCAACACCUGUGGAAUCUUGGUCAUGAAAUUGCCAUACACUCGGUGACGCACAGAGGACCGGAAGAUUGGUGGAUGAAAAACGCAACGGUCGAGGAUUGGUUCGACGAGAUGGUCGGUGAGGCUAAUAUCAUCAAUAGAUUUGCUGGGGUUCGAUUGAACGACAUUAAAGGUCUGAGAGUUCCUUUCCUACGAGUUGGAUGGAAUCGUCAAUUUCUCAUGAUGUCGGAAUUUGGUUUUGUAUACGACUCGAGUAUCAUAGCACCACCUUCGAAUCCACCGAUAUGGCCAUACACCCUUGAUUACCAAGUUCCUUACGGAUGUUCGGCCGUUGGACAGACUUGCCCGACGAAAGCUUACAAAGGGCUUUGGGAAAUUCCACUAAACCCACUGGUUGUCGAGGAUCGAAGUUGUGCAACGCUUGAAGCCUGUUCUUUGAAUCUCACUGACGACGAUAUUUACGGAGCACUGAUGAACAACUUCAAAAUGCAUUACUCAAGUAACCGAGCACCGUUGGGAUUACAUUUCCAAGCCUCGUGGAUCCAAUCGCCUACCAAUUUUCUCGCUCUGUCGAAAUUCAUCGACGACGUUCUACGGUUUCCUGACGCCUAUUUUGUUACAAAUCAACAAGUGCUUGAAUGGAUGAGAAAUCCAACGAGCCUUGACAAACUGCGUGCUUUCAAGCCAUGGCUAUGCUUCGAUAAAAAAUUCGACGCCUACGAAAUCGUCUGCGAUGAACCAAACUCGUGCAAGUUGCCAAGUAAGGUGUUGACAACUCACAGGUAUCUGACUACCUGCUUCGAUUGUCCCAAACAAUAUCCUUGGCUGCGCAACGAGUUUGGAAACGAUUAAGUCGUAAAUAACUAAUAAAUUGUUUUUUUUGUUGACCAUUAUACAAAUUUUUAAAUACAUUUUAUACUACUUUUAACUAGUGUGAUUAUACAUUGAUAGUAUUAAAUUGACUGAAUGUUUUAUAUUUAGAUGUAGAAACACUACUGUUGAUUGAGUAUCGACUAUCUAUUAUCAAAUGUAAAAAAACAAAAAUUUCAGCGAUGCAGAUCUAACAAUUUAACUAAUAGAAAAAUAAACUAUUCUGUUUUAGUAUUAAUAUUUUUACUAAUGAAUUUUAAUAUCUUAUUUUUCUUAGUGUAUUUAUAUACAUUUUUCUCGAGCAAUUCUUCCAUAAUUAAAUAUAGAUAUAAAAAAAUGUUGAUGAAGGUCAGAAAAAGAAUGUCACUUAAUACAAAUCUCCCCUUUAAUAACAAAUGGAUUUGGAAUGGGCUCUACACUGUUAAUUGAACAGAUGAGAACUGACGUUGGUCCACAUUUCUCAAGUCCAA